UAUGCUGCAUUCAUCCUCCAGAAAAAGUGUGUUCCAGGCAGCAAAAUGUAUCGGCUGCAUCAGUACCUCACUCAGAAAAAGAGCCAGCUUCAGAGUGUUUCAGAGGAACUUGCUUCCGCUGGCCUUGCAGCAUCUGCCUCUCAUCCUCCAGAAAUGGAGGAUGAUGAAGAAUUGGAGAGAUUGAUGCUUUUUAUAUCCCCAUCCAAACUCCAAGGCCAACUGAAAGUGGAGGAGGGUGAAGAAUUGGGGAGGAAGAUGCUACCCACAUAUUCAUCUAAAAUUCCAGGCCAACUGAUUGAGAACCAUAUACAUGCACAUACAUGCUCAAACUCACAUACACUUCAGUCCUCUAUAUGCAACAUCGGGUGUAAACCACUAGCAACACUCUCAAAACCAGACCGGCCUGAUGAAUAUAGUGCUACUGCAUCUCCACGGCCAGUGAGGGUUCCUUUGCCAGUACCUCCAGAGUUGCUUGAAUUAUCUAGAAGCAAGACCACAUCGCCUUUGAGACCAGUGCAGGAAACUGUGUUCUGUCAUUCCCUCCUCCCAGUGACCUCUGCACAGUCUACAGCCUCUACUCCUCCCUCAGGACCCCCCGCAGUUGCUGGCCAGUCUUUCUCUGGAUUCCCUGCAGCCACUACUGGGUACCCCUCAACUCAGUUGGAGGAGAAGCAUGCUGUUCCACCAAUGCCAAGCUAUGAGCAGGAUGUGAUAAGAUGGCACUGCUCUCAACAGCAGAGAAUCUGGAUGAAAACAGAAAUGGAAGCCUUGGGACUGUGGCCAGGUUCUAGACCGGUGAGACAUCCAAUGAACAUGAUCUCCUUGUGGCGUUACCCACCUCAGCCUGAGCUUAUUGAUGCUGUCUAUGAGCUGCCAUCACCGAAAUACUUUCAACUUCAUCCAUUCUUCAUUUGGAAACCAGAGCACACCAUUAUGGAAAGAGUCCGCAACAAUUACACUCUGCCAUGUCUGUACGGCUGUCUGAAUCCCCACGUUGUCUCAUCAGGAGUUGGACGACCCCGUGUCAUUAUUGGUACAAGCAGCCAGUACUACAUACUGGCCUCCCGGCUCAGCUGUAAAGGCUGUAAAAAGUACUGGUUUGCAGACAAACCCCAAUGGAUGGACAUGCUGCCGAGUCGGUUCUGCAACAUUUUGCCAGCUUUUCUGACACACAAGAAGGCCAUAUGUAAGACUGUGAUGGAUGAGUUGCGGCGCACAGCAAAGUCUCCCAAUGAUAUGGCCAAUCAGUUGAAUGAAGCUCUCCACCUCAAGUAUGAGCGUGCACACCUGGCUUACCUGUCCACUGUUAAGAAUGUGCUGGAUGGAGACGGUGGACUUUAUGGUCAGCAGACCAUCACAGAGGCACUAAGAGCAACAAAUACUACUGCUCCAUUUGGUGAGUAUUGUGAUGUGGUUGGCUGGUGCGGAGUAACAGUCUCACCCCACUAUUUGGUUGACUGCCUCAUUCAGGAGUACCAUAGGCAGGAGAGCAUACUCAAUCUGCUCCUCCAAGGUACGUUUGGAUAGGCAUUAAGGGCUGACCAUACCCGCAAGGUGGCCCGGAAGGUUGUGCUUGCAUCAGGUACUAUGUCGUCCUACGCUGUGAUGAAUGAAAACUGGAUGAUAUUGUCCUGGGUGAUGCUGCAGUCUGAAAGUGAUAAAUUGCUGCAGCCAAUGUAUGAGGGGCUAUCUCGUCGUUACAUUUUUGCAUGUCUGCCAAAAGCCAACUACCAGUGGGUUGACAGGUAAGAACCAGCCGUCACA